AUUAAAUGUGAAAUCUUAAUAGUAAUUACAAAGCGAUGAGUGUUUUAUAUUUGCUACAAAUAGGUGAUUAAUUUAACGUAGUGAAAAAAAUAGAAUAGAAUCGAAAAUGUGGUAAUUGUUGAUAAUGUAAACGUUGAAAAUGUUAAAAGAUAUUUAGGCCGACAAAUUUAGAUAAUCUAAUUUUAGUAUCAAUAUUAAGAUAUUGUAAAUUGUAUUCGAUAUUAUUUAAUUGUCAUAUCUGUUUGAUUAUUAUCAAACGUUAAAAGGUAAUAUGAUAAGAUCAAAAUUCUUUUUCCCAUUAAACUAGUCAUACCAUAUUACAAAAUAAUACAAAACAUGUUGAUGGUCAAUGACAUAUUUGGAGUAUCGGGGAAACAUUUCAAAACCCACGUUCUGUGUCAUGUAACCUACACCAAAGGAAUUAAUGGUUGCAUUUGAAAUGCAACACGAGCUGUAUUGAUUAUCGCAUUAUACUUUAUCAUAAAAUAAUACAAUAGCGUGUUUUAAAGUUAUUAUUUUACUUUUCAUUUAUUAAUAAAUGAUCUUACAUUGCAACAUGCUAACACAUUUAACAAUUAGCAAAAUAUAUUGUCACAAUUUCUGCUUUAAAAUCAAAAAAUUCUUUACAUUUUCAUGAAAUCAGUUUAGAAAAAAAAUUUAAAGAGUAGAUAAACCAACAGUUUCAUUUAAUGAGCGUGCAUCAAGCAUGAACAUGCGGGAUGGUUCGAUUCAUUAGAUAUAAGAUAAAGUUCAUGUUGUCUUUUAAAUUUGGUUUUCCAAAUAAAGGUAAAUCCAUUCAUUUAGAUGAUACGAUUUGUUAGAUGUAUCUCUGAUUGCUGAGUUACAGACCUAUUCAAAAGUCUGUAAUUGCUUUAAUGCAUGCAAAAUUCAAAUUAGUUUACUGUUCUACAAUUGUCGCGUUCUGUUGUAAUAUGAGAUAUUUUUUACAUCCAUUUAUACAUGUAAAUAAAAGAUAACACGCAAUUUUAAAUAGUUAACUUAUUUUCCUUCCAAUUAUAUUAUUUUCCAUUUAAUACAAAAGCAAUAUUGCGAUACUUGUGUCAAUUUCUUACACAUUGUAGCUACAGUAAUAGCUUACAUCUACAAUAAAGGUGGCAUUUACUUAGAAAAGAAAACCGAAUUUAUAUUCAUUUAAUAAUAGUACGGAUUCACGAAAAUCACUAUAGUAUAAGCAGAAUUUAAAAAAAUUGAUUAUGGUUAAAUGUCUGAUGUAUACUUGAAAACAUUUUAGACAUGCAGGUUUACGCAAUAUGUCUGUGGAUGGUGAUACAAUUUGCUGCCAUCAUAAGUUCAUGUUUUGCAUGAAAAAGUUUACAAUUAAAAAGCUUUACAUCUAAAUAUCGUUUGGAAUAAUUUUGAGAUAUUUUCCUUUUAUUAGAUACAACUGAGUAAUAUUCCAAGUCUGAUAUUACAUCAACACCAAAUAAUUAUGUUUUACGCGUAACUGACUUUGAUAUAAGGUUCUUUAUUUGUUUUUCAAAUGGAUUUGUUUUAUAAUUAGCAAUGAAAAGAUACAAAAUCGAUCAAAACUAAGGCAGGGAAACUUUCUGAUAAAUUAACACGACAAAGGCUUUCUACCAAUAGAGAGAGAUUUUUUCCCUAAUUUGCAAGGUAUUUGCAAAGAAUUGCGCAUGUAGUUUGCAUUUAGGUAGAAUAUUUCAGAACUAUUGUAGUUUUAAUUACCUUGGAAAGUUUAGCGAUUUCCUCUUUACACACAAUUUUCUAAUAUUAUUCAAGUUGGAAUUGAAAAAGACUUUAGUUUAGUUAUUCUUCGCUUGUAACGACAAGGUGACUGUAAAUGUUUUUGAACCAAUGUGUAACAAUUAUUUGUCACUAAACUAGACAUAAGGAACACGAUAUACAAUUUGACCAGAAGAAAUGAAUUGCUGCACAAAGAGUCCGGAAAAGGCAAGUGGUAAGCGUAACAAAGAUUCACAAGAGAGGACAAUGGAAAAAGGACACGACACUACAGACAAGGCAGAGAGAAAUUUCGAUUCAGAAAUACGAGAGCUGUUUCGACUGUUUGAUACCAACAAUGACAGAUCUAUAUCAGCACAGGAGCUUGGCAAGGCAAUGAGGUUUCUAGGUAUGAGUCCUACACAACAGGAGGUAUCAGACGCCAUGAGAACACUAGAUGUUAACGGUAACGGUAGAAUCGAAUUUCAAGAAUUUUACUCGUUUAUGCAAGCAGAGAUGUCUAAAGUCAGUGAUGGCGACUUUACGAAUAAAGAAGAAGUUAUACGUUCAGCCUUUAGAACGUUUGACAAAGACGGUAAUGGUUUUAUUGACGCCAAGGAGUUGAGAAUAGCCAUGAAGAAACUCGGAGAAAGUUUAACAGACAAGGAAUUAGAGGAUAUGAUGAAGCAGGCAGAUGUUGAUGGUGACGGUAAAAUAAACUAUGAAGAAUUUGUCAAGAUGUGGUGUGAAGCCACAUAAACCUUCUCGCAUAACAAACAGCAAGAAGAGGUCUUAAGCAUAUACUAUUUUGCACUUAUUGAAAUCGGUAUUAAGUGCAAUAUUAUUGUAUCAAAAAAGGAUUGAAAGCAGAAUUAAGUCUAUCUCUGCUGUACGUUCAGUACAUUAAAAUACAGCUUACAUUUGUCGUAAGCUUACGCUUAUUUCAGUUUGUAUACCUUCUAGAUUAACUCAAUACUACUUUCAGGUUUUGAUCGACCUUGACAAUCAGUGUUUAAUAAUUUUCACUUGUAUUAUGUCUAUUUCCGUACUUUACAAGCUCAUUUUAGUGUACAUAUCGAAUUGUUUAUUGUAAGGAAAUGUGAACCAAAGACAGUCUUUUGUUUAGUCUAAUAUUGCAUGCUAGCUAAAGAUCUCCAUUUCCUACUUUGUACUUUGUAUUUCUUUCAUCAUAUAAAAAGAUAAUGGAUUUACUAAGGUAUUAAUUGUUCCCCCUUAAUCAUUUAUUGGACUUUGCACAAGACGUAUAUACAUAUAAAUUGUAUUUGAAGUUGUUUAAUUCGUUAGCGAGUUUGUAACUGAAGCAUUAUAUAGACGAUUUUACAAGAUGCAUCAAGUAAUAUACAUUUGUGUAAGUAUAAAAAAAACUUGUUUAUUUCCUAUUGAGUUUGCUCAAGUUAAAAAAGGUAUAUUAUUUUUAAUGUUAAAACUUGAUUGGUGAGAGUAAAUGCAUUUGAAUAUUAUCUGUCUUUUGCUCAGUAACUGAACGGAUAUUUUAUUACAUUUUACAUUUGAAGAAGGUUUGCACGGAAUGUUUGGACUCGUUGUUAAUUUGGAGAUUUGAAGUAAUAAUAAUAUUUAGAUAUUUAUAUUGCAUUCAUGAACAUUUUGAUUAAAAAUGAAUAACACAUGUACAUAUUUGCUGAUUUUGUAUUAUAUUACUAACCGAUUCUAGAGAUUAAAUGUUGUAUUUUUCACAUGAUCAAUGGCAUUGUGUUUGUAGUAAACUGAUACAGCAAUAACCAUGUUAAACAAUUUACUUUUUAUGUAUUUCUAUUAUAUCAGAGUAAUUGGUAUUUACCAUAUGCUGUUUAUAGAGUAAUACAAUUGUCGAAAUAUGUGGCCUUUUUCACAUGAUAACGUUCAAAAUGGCAACUUCUGUGAAUCUCGAGAAUGCACUUAACAGGGCAAAUGAGCUGUUUCUGCCGAUUUCAUUCUAAUGAAUAGAUUGAUAUAUAUUUACUGAUAUAUUACUUAUAUUAAAUGAAAAUAUAUGAGAAAAUUCCAAUGUCAUCGACAUGAUGUACAAUCAAUAAGAAACUGUAUGUUUUCUCCAGCCGAACUCCUGCAGAAGUAUAUGAACUGAUUUUAAUAUUUUUAUAAAUCUUCACAGAAUUAUUGAGAAUGUAAAACGUACACACAUCGAGAAUGAAUGUAGUAAAUAGAUAAAUGAAUAAAAAUAAAACAAUUUAACACAAACACUGGGACAUUCCCUUUUUAUCAUGUUUAAAAAUAGUCAUUGAAACAUACAUUCAGAAUGACUAGAUUGUGCGGAUCAACAUUGUUCUAGCUUUUUAUAUUGAUGAAUAAAAUUUAUAAAUAUAAA